UUAUGUGUGAGUGUGCACGCCUACGCCUCUCUGCAGACUCAACCAGACUCAAGCCUCAACCUCAAUCACCUAAAUUUUAUUUUAAAAUUUAGCCUGGAGUUAUGAAUGUGCUUCAGCAGCAUAUACGCUUGAGUGCUCACCACGGGCCGCUGCAGAAUGUACGCUAUUUCUACAGAUUCCCAAAAUUCAGCCGAGGGAACGGCGAAGACCGCAGGGUGCCCAAGGAACCUGAUGAGAGAGUUCCCUUCGAGAAGCACCAUGGGUUCUAUUAUUACCCAAGACCCGACGAACAGAAAAUUCCAUACACUCCAAGCAAACUCCUAAUGGUUCAAAGAGUGGCCAAGUGGGCAUAUAAUCCAAAAUGGGACAAAAAAGUUCUCAAGGAACUAGGUUUAAACAAGGAGAGAGGUGAAGUUGUCAUAGUAAAGAACACACCUCAGAUGAAUAAAAUGCUAUACCAGGUUAAGCAUUUGAUAAAAAUCAAGCCAGUCACUUUCCCUAACGGAGAGCCAACAGAGGAAGACGCCAGGGUGCUGGGCGCCACUGUCAUCAACGAGUACGGUGAAAUGGAGGUACGCAAGUCCUUACAACCGCCAGUCGUCAAUUUGCCCGCACCUGAAGCACUGCCAGCGCCUCCAAAGACUGCCAAAGAGCUGGGCACCCCCAGCAAUGAAACCAUGAGGCGGCACCUGCGUUUUAAGUGGAACAAUGGUUUUGACAGCACUGGAUUUGUUUAAAUUUGAAUAACUCUUCUAUUUUAGUGGGUUAAUAAAAUUGAGAGGUAUAUUAUAAAUAAAAUAAUUUUACUCAG